CUCAAAGUGAUUUCCGUAUCUUCUCUAUAUUUUAAAAAUACUUCCUGGCUUGUUUGUAACACACAGUACACGAUGGUAUUCAAACUGCUAUAUUAUUUCUACUUGGGUACUUGUUUGGGAAUUUUAAGUAAUGACAGAAGCAUGGCUCAUCAUAUAACCAAACCAAUAAUUACAAGAGGUUGUCACAGUGUUUCAUCGCAGAGUUCCUCUAUUUUGAGAAAGGACUCUUUAAAGGAGAACAAUGUCACCAAUUGUUAUCAAUUCUGUUUCUUCAACCAAUCAGGAUCAACUGUUAAGACUCUACUCCUGAGGGGAACGGAUUGUGUUUGUUCUGUAGAGACUCUACAUACGUCAUUUGAUUCUGCAAAAGAGUGCACCAAGAGUUGUCCUGGAAACUCAAACCAAAGCUGCGGGGGUUAUGGUAAUCACACUUAUGCUGUGUAUGAAAUAGAGAAUAUUGCCCGCAGUGACCAAAGUGAAGGCUGUGGAUUUGUCUAUUUUCAGCUACAUGAAACAGGACGGAAUUUGAAUUAUGGUGAUUGCAACGAGAAAAAAAUGGCAUACUGCACAAUGCUGACCAACACGGAUGGAACAGUGAUUAAAAAAACAAACAUGACGUGGGAUGAGCAUAACAACAAUUGCUUAGGACAUUUGGCUUUUAUUGAGGACACCAAAACUGUAGAAAGGAAUUCUGUCAAUGUAAGACGGCUAAGAUCUACAUAUUGGGUUGGACAUCGUAUUUGGAAUUAUGUACGUCCUCUUGAAUUAGCUACAGGCUUAAGUAAGAACUAUUGUGCAGCCGUUUCGGAGAUUAUUUGCAAAAUUUGUUACCGGGUAAUUUAUAAGUAUAUAGAUACUGCAGAUUCUUCUGAUGACCAUGGUGACACAAAAAUAGUAGUUUCCAUUGAUGAGAUAAACAAAUCUGAUGGUGUACCCAGUAACGUCACCUUAAUCAUAGCUGUGACUGUCCCGGUGGUCGUUCUUAUCGUUAUUUUGUUGGCAGUUGUUUGUAUGAAGAGAAAGAAAGCCAAACUUAAUAGCUCGAAACAGCAUACAAAUGCCAGCAGUAAGAAUGCUUCUGAUGAAGAUCAUGAUCUACCCCUUCAGCCAAUCAGAGGUCAAAGCCAACAAGAUCUGGACUAUGACCAUCUGCAUGGAAAUCCAUCCCCCCUCCACACUGAUAAUGUGUAUGAUGUGAGCGGACAGUGUACUGAUGGACCCAGUAUUCAGGACAGUGAUGUGUACAACACAAGUAAACAAUGCUCUGGGAGUGAAUUAUACGACUCCAGUGUCCGUAAUCCUCAGAAAUCUGAGUCUGAGAAUAUAAUGAACAGUGAUAUGUACAGUACAAUGAAUAGGCAUAAUGGUGGUGAAUAUCCAAAGGACAUGGAUUUCUAUGAUCACACCAGUUCUACUGCUCAAAAUAACGACAAAACAAAUAUUUACAAUGAAAUUGACGCUUGA